UUCCCCUCUCCGAUUUUCUUCAAAUUAAGCUCGUAAGAGAAGGGUGAAGACGCAAAAAUCAUGGGGAAGCAAGGCAAUCAUAAUAAUAAUAACAAUAGUAAUACGAGUGGCGGUGGUAGUUAUAGAUCGAGAAAAUCAGAAAACAUGACGAUUGGGAAAGGGAAGGUAACAGCAGUUCAGAUCGCAUUCAUCGUGGACCGCUACCUCUCCGACAACAACUACGCUCAGACCCGCUCAACUUUUCGCUCCGAAGCCUCCAACCUCAUCUCCAAAUCCUCCGUCCAAGAGGCUCCAAAGAGUUUGUUGAGUUUGGGGGCAAUGUUGGACGAGUACAUCUGUCUGAAAGAGCAGAAAGUGAGCUUGGAGCAAGAACGGUUCCGUAUGGAGCUAGAGAAAGUCCGGGUUCAUAAUCUGCUCAAGGGUCUCCAAGAUGCUAUGAAUGCUUUUAACGCCACUCCUCACGACCUUACCCCUGUCCCUCCGCUUCCUCGUCCUCCGCCUACAUUCCCCACAUCCAGGUUUAUACCUCCCAACACUGACCAGCCGCCUUUUGGCUCCCCACCUGGUGGUUACCAUUCUGCACACAAAUCCCCAGCAGUGAUCUCUACAUCCAAGCCCUCCGUCACAAGUGAAGACACCCCAAGCAUUUCUAGUGAUAUUAGGAAUCACCCUGUUAUAAAAAGAAAAGGCUCAAAAGAUGUCUCGGAUGCUACUGUUACCGCCAAGAGGUCUUGCAGAGGUUCAACCAACAAACAGUUGCUGCCUAAAGAUGCUAAAGGUCAUUCACAACCAAGCAUGGCAAAUAAUCAUCAAGUAAUUUCUCCGAAACACCCUGUGGCUCAAUCCCUACCUUGCCCCAAUAUGUUAAGGGGAUCACAGGUUGAAAGGUCUAAUGCUGUUGAAAGUUCACAUGUCGUCAAGUGUUUGUUUAACCAGGCUGCUCAAUCCCCAACAGCUAAUUCUUCUGGUCCUAAAACACCUCCCUUGGAAUCCUUCCCUCAAGCUGAGAAAUCUGCUUCCCCAUUGGAAAUUUGUUCGAUUACAACUUCCGGUAAGGAUGUAACUCCUCAACAAAUUACCUCCACUAAUUGCACGAUGAUAUCGUCGGAAACAAUUCGAGUCAGCCCCACCAAGCAAAUAUCAUACCAUUCAAUUUCAAGUAACCAACACAUUUAUACUUCCUCACCUGUUAAGGCAAAUUUAAAGAAGCCAAUCAAGAGGGAUCAUGUUAAGGGAAGGCUGGACUUUGAUGCUCCUGACAAGCAUACUGCUUCAGAGAAACCAGAUUGUAAUGACAUUCCAUCAUCUGAAUGUGUCAACGAAGCGGACAUUCUUGAUUUGGAUUUGCCUAGUUUAGAUGCCUUGGAAAAUAUUAACCUUUCUGAACUAUUAGUUGAUUUUGAUCUUGUUGAUGAGGAAACUAUUUAUUCUACUGAGCCAGCCGGUGAUUCCUCUCCUGACUCCACUUCAUGGUCACCAGGGAAAUCACAAAAAGUUAAUGUAGGUGCUAAUCAAGUAAUUACCCAGCUUUCCUCUACUGUAACAGAAAUCCUUGCAGAAAAGGACACAACUUUAUCAGGUCCGGAUUCUGUUACAACUGUUAAAUCUGUAACUAAAACCAUCAAGAUUUUAAGUCCUGCCAAGGGUCACAGGAGCAGUUUGGAUGGGGAAAAUAUGCGUGCCAAAACCAGACUGGAAUAGGAUAAGAUGGACAAUUAAUUAGGCUG